AGGGUUCCGCGCUAAUUGGGCAGUUUCUGUUACUGGUUUGAGGAGACCCCCAGGGGUUUGGGGUUCCCGCACGACUGCCUCGCCCUUUUAUUUCACCUUCCUUUCUGCUGACCGCCGCUGCCUGUCAGCCGCGGCGCGACCCUCAGUGAACACUGUGUAUCACCUGCGAUUGGGAUCUUUUUGGAGUGACUGAGGUGGACUUCUGGGUGAAGGAGUUGCUAACAGGGACAGAAUUCAAAGUGUGACAUCAGUGUAUAGCUAAAAUGAGUCUGUUUGGAACAACCUCCGGUUUUGGAACUGGUAGCACCAGCAUGUUCGGCAGCACUACCACAGAUAAUCACAACCCUAUGAAGGAUAUCGAGGUCACAUCUUCCCCUGAUGACAGCAUCGGGUGCCUGUCAUUCAGCCCACCAACCUUGCCCGGGAACUUUCUUAUCGCAGGAUCCUGGGCUAAUGAUGUUCGCUGCUGGGAGGUUCAGGACAACGGGCAGACCAUUCCGAAAGCGCAGCAGAUGCACACCGGGCCGGUCCUCGAUGUCUGCUGGAGUGAUGACGGAAGCAAAGUAUUUACAGCGUCGUGUGACAAAACUGCCAAAAUGUGGGACCUCAACAGUAACCAAGCCAUACAGAUCGCGCAGCAUGAUGCUCCUGUUAAAACUAUACAUUGGAUCAAAGCUCCAAGCUACAGCUGCGUGAUGACCGGCAGCUGGGAUAAGACUUUGAAGUUUUGGGAUACUCGGUCAUCAAAUCCCAUGAUGGUCUUACAGCUCCCUGAAAGGUGUUACUGUGCUGACGUGAUAUAUCCAAUGGCUGUAGUGGCAACCGCAGAGAGGGGCCUGAUUGUCUACCAGCUGGAAAACCAGCCUUCUGAGUUCCGGAGGAUUGAGUCUCCACUGAAGCACCAGCAUCGAUGUGUGGCUAUUUUUAAAGACAAACAGAACAAGCCGACGGGUUUUGCCCUGGGGAGUAUUGAGGGAAGAGUUGCUAUUCACUACAUCAACCCCCCAAAUCCUGCCAAAGAUAACUUCACCUUUAAAUGCCAUCGGUCCAAUGGAACCAACACUUCGGCUCCUCAGGACAUCUAUGCGGUGAACGGAAUCUCAUUCCACCCUGUUCACGGCACCCUUGCGACGGUGGGAUCGGAUGGUAGGUUCAGCUUCUGGGACAAAGAUGCCCGGACAAAACUCAAAACUUCGGAACAGCUAGACCAGCCGAUAUCAGCAUGCUGCUUCAAUCACAAUGGCAACAUAUUUGCCUAUGCGUCAAGUUAUGACUGGUCCAAGGGACAUGAAUUUUAUAAUCCUCAGAAGAAAAAUUACAUUUUCUUGCGUAAUGCAGCUGAAGAGCUAAAGCCCAGGAAUAAGAAGUAGUGGCCUGAGACCUGGGGGGUAUCUGGAAUUGCGACUCCACGAUUCCUCAUCUCUACAGAUUUGGCCCAAGGCGUUGGUGGCUGUCAGCCACAGAGGGGAGCAAGUGGUGGUGUCACUGUUCAGCAGUCCGCUGGCUGUCCCUGGCCACUUGUCGUCUCCAUUCCACUACCUGCUGUGGUUUUCCUGCAGCUCCAAGGGGACUGAAAUGACCACCGACGGUAGAUUCUGGUGGGCAGUUCAGGAACCAGGCAGGGCCUCCUUGUCAGCUUCCGUGGGAGGAUUGGAACUGUGUGGGCCCUCUGCUGCGUUUUGUAAUAAAGUAUUUUGAAGACUG